UCAGGCAUGUACUGUAUUAGAUCAGGACAGUAGGAGGGCUUUAUGAAUCACAGUCUGAUGGCUAGCUGUUAAAUAGAACUGCAGCAUCCUCAACACACAGUCCAGUGGCUCCUUUACACAAAUGAAGUACAGUUUGGAUUUUGAGAGAGAUUUAACGUUACAUAAAGGUGUAGAACCAGAACAACCAUGGCCAGUCGUAAGCGGAUUCUGAGCUCCCUGGGGAAAGGUCCUGCCAGACGGAACCUGUUUGGCCCAGUGGACCUUGAGCAGCUGCAGCAGGAGUACCAGAAUGCCCUGCGCAGAGACCUGGAGGACGCCUGCCACCGCUGGGGCUUCGACUUCCUGUCAGAGAAGCCUCUGGCUGGGGGAGACUUCCAGUGGGAGGGGGUUCCAGGCACCAAGCUGCCUCUCCUCUACCGGCCCUGCCUGUUGGGUCAGGGGGAGGCACAGAGGGUGGGAGUGCUGGCGGCCACCACAGGGAGUGUUAGGGCGGGGCCAUUGCACCGUGGCAAGGAGAAUAUCCCUUGCACCCCUGAGAAGUACGGAGCCAACCUCCAGAACCUGGAGAAAACACCAGACAAGAAGGAGAACAAGAAGGAGAACAGGAACCAUAAUGAAAACAGACUGAAGUGGAAACAGACCAACCUCAAAGAUUUCUACCAAGCCAAGAAGAGAGUGGUGGGUACGCUGUGUAAGUCAGGCCAGUGAUUUCAGGGCACACAGUCACAGCUGCCAGGGAGCCAACAGUCGGACAGAACCACAGCAAACACUACUUCUCUCAGGAACCCACAUGCUGCACAGACUCUGGGCACAUAGAGUACAUACUUACAUGGAGGAAUACGUAACUAGUACUCUAAACAAACGCAGGGGGAAAUUAAACAACCUCUUUUAUUGCAUCCAUUACCGAUGCAUACUGUUACAUUUUUAUAUCCAUGUAUGGUUGACUGAUGUACUAAUGAUUUCAAUGUAAGGGGGCUUGUGUUCUUCCUGUGGUAAGGGAGGGACAUUCAAGCGGUUCAAAUGAUGCAUCCAUGUUCAUUUGUGAGUCAUGACAUCCUCUAAAACCCUAUGACCUUUUGGUGUAAGGGGGACUUUUGGUGUAAGAGCUCACUGUUUGGACAGGUAAGUUCCUGUCUGACAUUCCACAGCACUGAAAUGGACAAAUCAAAACCCUGCCUCUGGGUCUACCCUUAAACCCUACUGUCUUGAUGACAUCUUGAAAUUAUGAAACCAUACUGUUUAUGGUGCUGAGGUUGAAUCUACUAUAAUAUACUGUCACAUUGAGAGGACUCAAUGAAAAACGACCACAACAACACAAGUCUCUUACUAAGUCUUUCUGGUUCAUAUGUCCAAAUGCAUUGAUUGAUGUUAUUAUAUUUAAUGUUUUUUCAUUAUGCUGUAUCUCUUGUGAAGAGCGCCAGGAAUCAUGUUAUUGUCUGUCUUUUGCAAGCACUUCCUGGCCAAAGUAUGUAUUUUUUUUUACAUAUUGUGUCAAUUAUGAAAUCUCAUGUAUCUCAACAUGCACUCAUAGGAAACUAGUAGAAGAGUACCGUGAUGCAUAAGAUCCCCAACCGGCCUCACAACCGCAGACCAUGUGUAACCACACCAGCCCAGGACCUCCACAUCU